CUUUCUACCCCGCAGUCCCAGGGAAUCGCAAGCUGUCCCUCACACCCCACUUCCAGCAACGCCCUCUGGCCUUGUCUCCCCCACCUUCACUGUGAGCUGUGGCCCCCAUUUCCCUGCCGUCCCCCUCACCCUCCCGGGAGCUGUGCCCACCUGACCCGGCAUUUGCGCCUUUGUCUUCGUGGUCCGGAAGUGGCCCCGCUGGCGGAAGCAUGAGCAGUGGCCACGUGCUUUACAGCGGCUGGCUGAGAAAGUCGCCCCCCGAGGAGAAGCUGAGGCUCUUUGCCUGGAGGAAACGCUGGUUUAUCCUGCGGAGGGGCCAGACUAGGAGUGACCCAGAUGUUCUGGAAUACUACAAGAAUGAUGGCUCCAAGAAGCCCCUGCGCACCAUCAACCUGAACCUCUGUGAGCAGCUGGAUGUUGGUGUGACUCUGAACUUCAACAAGAAGGAGAUUCAGAAGGGCUAUAUGUUUGACAUCAAGACCAGUGAGCGUACCUUUUACCUGGUGGCUGAGACCAGGGAGGACAUGAACAAGUGGGUCCAGAGCAUCUGUCAGAUCUGCGGCUUCAGGCAGGUUGAGGAAAGCACAGGCUCCCUGGGAAACAUUUCCUCAGCCAGUCACGGCCCCUGCUCUUCUCCAGCUGAGCCCAGCCACUCCCAUCAGCACCUCCCCCAAGAACGAGAACCCACAUCUGAGCCCCUGGUGUCUCACCAUGUGCCGCCCACCUGGCCCAUCCCUGCACCUCGGGGGUGUCUCUGCUCGCACCAGCACGCCAGCCAGAGAGCAGAACAUGCAAGGAGUGCCAGCUUCUCCCAGGAUUCUGGGGCCCCAUUCCUCAUGAGGAGAAGCACAGCCGUGCAAAAUCUUGCCCAGCACAGUGGAUACAGUGUUGAUGGGGUCAGCGGUCACAUCCAUGGCUUCCAUAGCCUUUCCAAGCUGAGCCAGCACAAUACAGAAUUCAAAGGCAGCACCCACAGAAUCCCCUGGAGCCUGGCCUCCCAUGGCCACACCAGAGGCAGCUUCACAGGCUCUGAGGCGGAUAAUGAGGCUUCCUCCAGCAAGUACCCCCAGCAUGGUGGAGGGAAUGCCAGCCAGCCUGCUGAGUCCGCGCAUGAGGGAGUCAGUUCUUUCCUGCCAGGAAAAACGCUUGUGGGCCUAUCAGACAGCAUUGCUUCUGAGGACAGCUGUGUGCCUAUGGACCCAGGCUCCCCUGCCCUGCUGGCUGUGGAGCGAGCAGGUGAUGAUUCCCAGGGUGUCUGCAUCCCCGUGGGCUCAUGUCUUGUUCGCUUUGACCUGCUCGGCUCCCCACUCACAGAGCUUUCUAUGCACCAAGACCUCAGCCAGGGACAUGAGGUCCAGCUGCCCCCUGUCAACCGCAGCCUCAGGCCUAACCAGAAAGCAAACCCAACACUGCCCAACCUGAGAAACAACAGGGUCAUCAAUGAGCUCUCCUUCAAGCCGCCUGUCACAGAGCCCUGGUCUGGGACCAGCCACACCUUUGACUCCAGCUCCUCCCAACACCCCAUCUCCACACAGAGCAUCACCAACACAGACUCAGAAGACAGUGGAGAGAGGCAUAUUUUCCUGAACCUGGCAUCUGCAUUUCCUGUUUCCGGUGGCACCAGCAGUUCAGCCCUGCCGAGGAGCACUGAUAACAUCCACUAUGUGGCCCUGGACUUCCAGCCGAGCAAGCCAUCCAUAGGCUCUGUCACGUCCGGCAAGAAGGUGGACUAUGUCCAGGUGGAUCUGGAGAAGACCCAGGCCCUACAGAAGACCAUGCAUGAACAGAUGUGCCUGCGGCAGUCCUCGGAGCCUCCCAGGGGCGCCAAGCUGUGACUUGGGCCACCAAAACCAGAGUGGGGCCAGGACAGUGCCUCAGAGCUGCUCCUCCACACGCUAAAGCUCUGUAAUAUGAGGGACUGCAUCCCCUACCCAGAGAGCAGAGGCCGGAUCAGUAUACAUCCUUUGCCUGCUUGGGGCCCACCUGGGCCUUUGGCUGGCCACAGUCCCCACCUUUAGCCCCUUGCUAGGAGCAGUUGCCAGCAAGCAUCCUCAGUCUCUUCCUGCCCCUCAGACCCGGGCUCCCAACAGAUUUCCACCCUCACACUCGCUCAUGGUCCUCAGCCUCUUCCCUCUAGCCUCUGGGCUGUUCCCCUCAAUCCUGGAACAUGAGCUACCUUGCUGAUCCUGGGACCCAAGGCCCGUGGACAUGGAUCUUUUCAGCCCUGGCAUUUUUUGGUCAGGGGAGAGGCAAGGCCAUCAAACAUUGGAAUAGUUGAGAAGGAAGGUUAAAGGUGGUCUUGAGAAGUAAAGGAAUUAGAUCCUUAGACCCAGCAGGGCAGCUGAUACCUGCAGGGGCUCCCACUUUCAGAAUGAGCCCAGAGUAUGGCAGCUGCUCCCGGGUGGGAGAGGCAGAGAGGGAAGGGCAAAAGGAAGGGAAAACAUGAAGAUGAACAGCUGAAAGCCACAAGAAGCAGAGCUGGAGCUCCAGAGACUGGGGUGACAAGGAGCAGGGUCAGGGCCCCAGAAAUCUGGAGCUGCAGGCUGGCUCUGCUGCUCUCUGCUGAUGCCCCUUGGGGGGCCCUUGCCUGCCUAAGAAGGCUUGAUCCAAGCUGGGCAAA